AUGGAGCUAGGGCAAUUGAAUAUGCUUGAAGCAUUAGUUCUCUCUUGGAAUCGGCUCAUUGGGAAGAUUCCACAGGAAUUGACAAGGCUAAUAUUUCUGGCGAAGUUAAACCUCUCUCAAAAUCUUCUUGUUGGACACAUUCCUCGAGGUCUACAAUUCAGCACAUUAAAAAAUGAUUCAUUUGGUGGAAACCUUGGUUUAUGUGGUCCUCCUUUAUCAAAGAAAUGUGGAAUGAGUGAUCCAUCUGAGUUGGAUGAAGAAGAAGAUUCAUAUUUUGCUAGUGGAUUUACAUGGGAAUCAGUGGUCAUAGGCUACAGUUGUGGACUUGUUGUUGGAACUAUCACGUGGAGCCUCAUGUUUAAAGCUCGUAAGCCAAAAUGGGUCGUGGAAUUUCUUGAAGGUGAUUUUCCCAAGAAAAUGAUAAGGGCGCAGAAGAGAAGGCUGAGACAGCGGACUUAA